AUGUGCAUUUCUCAAUUCUUCUUCUCUGCCGUGCGUCUGCCCUCGUUGCCACCCCCGUGUGCCACGUGUGAGGCAGACGAGAAGAUAGCACUGCUGGGAGCCAUCCAGUCGCUGUUUGAGGGCAGCAUGUACACCUUUGUCUUCCUCUGGACGCCCGCCCUCGCCCCCUCGGACCAGCGCAUCCCACACGGCUUCAUCUUCGCCAUCUUCAUGCUCGCCUCCAUGACCGGCUCCUCCCUCGCCGCCCGCCUCAUGGCGCGCCCCGCCCUGCGAGUGGAGCUCUACAUGCAGAUCGUCUUCGCCGUCUCCUCCCUCUCCCUCCUCGUCCCUCUCUUCACCUUCGUCAGUGCUCCUCUGCGCCCCACCUGCUUCCCCCGUAUCUCCCUCUCCUGCACUCGAUCUGCACUCGCUCUGUGUGAUACACUGCACUCCCUCUGUGUGAUACACGGCUCACUCAUCGCCUUCACUUAUUGUUGUUUAUUUCUCGACUUUCCAUUGUCAAGGGGUUGUUCUAUUCAGUUUGUGUUGGAGCCGGUGGCGCCGGACGGGGGAGGCAUCACGCGCGGGGGGCGGGUGCAGCUGGUGGGGUUCUGUGUGUUUGAGGUGUGUGUGGGCGUGUUCUGGCCGUCCAUCAUGAAGAUGCGCUCGCAGUUCAUCCCCGAGGAGGCGCGCGCCACCAUCAUGAACUUCUUCCGCAUCCCCCUCAACUGCUUCGUCUGCAUCGUGCUCUACAAUGUGAGUGCAUUCCCCAUCACAGCCAUGUUCGGCAUGUGCUCCAUCUUCCUCGCCAUGGCUGCUGUGCUGCAGCGCCGCCUCUUCGCCAUCUCCUCCCCGAGCAAGCCCGGCACGCCCGCCUGCCACUGUGAGUCGUGGGAUCAUGCGUUACUCAUUGCUUUUCUUUUGUGA